UGCAUAUGUUCGUUUAUCCAGACAAUAAAUUCUGUUAUUUCUCUUAAGAAUUUUUUUAUUUUCAGCUUUAUAAUUUACAUUUACAGAGACAGAAGAGUGAGUAAAAUAGCAGAGAGGUACACUGCAGCUAAAAGGUGUUGUUUAAACAUGGAGGACUUUAACAGGCCGUCGUCCUAUCUGGAUGAACCCCCGAAUAGUCGCUUGUUUGUCGUCACCAGUAAAUGUAUAACCGAGGAUGUUAUUCGGGAGCACUUUUCUACUUUCGGGGAAGUUCAGGACAUUUUGGUGGUAAAAGAUCGACACACGAAGGAAUCUAAAGGAGUUUCUUUUGUGAAAUAUGCUAAAUCCUCUCAGGCAUGUACCGCCAUGGAGGAAAUGCACGGGAAAUGCUUGACUGAAGGAACCAAACCCAUUAAGGUAUUCAUUGCUCAAUCAAGAUCUUCUGGCAGUCACAGAGAUGUGGAGGAUGAGGAGUUAACCAGAAUCUUUGUGAUGAUCCCAAAAACCUUCGCCGAGGACGACCUGAAAGAAACAUUUGGGGUUUAUGGAGAUAUAGAAUAUGCAAUUAUCAUCAAAAAUAAAACUACUGGGGAAAGUAAAGGUUUGGGCUAUGUCAGGUUUCACAAACCUUCCCAGGCUGCCAAAGCAAUAGAGAACUGUGAAAAAACAUUUAGAGCCAUACUAGCUGAACCAAGGACAAAAAAUGCACCAGCAGACAAUGAUUAUUUUAACAACCCAAGAUCAGAUCAUGGAGGGAAUGAGCCAGGCUUAAGUGCCUACCCAUUUGGUGGAGAGUCAAGUAGUUACAGUGGUGGAGACACAUGGAACUCUGAUCUGAUCACUAGGUGCUUGAUGGUGUCGUCGCGUGUACCAGUUACACACGAGCAGAUUUAUGGCCUGUUUGAUCUAAUCCCUGGCAUUGAGUACUGCGAAAUGCAAAGAGACCAGUAUGGUUUCGGUAAAGGUCAGGCUAUGAUUCGAUACAAUAACCUGGGUUCAGCUGUGUAUGCUAAGGAGAAGUUGAAUGGGUUUGAGUAUCCACCUGGAAACAGACUAUCUAUAACCUUCGUUGAUAAUGGAGAGGACAAGACAAGUCCACUAGGGAAAAUGGCCAUGCAGUUGGUUGCAGCACAAAUGAUGUCUAUGGUGUGGAACGGGCCAUCUGGAGCUCAGCUAAUGAAGACCACAUCUGGUUACGGAACACCAACACUCCCCCAGAAGCCUCGUAUACAGACAGACAUUUCGCUUCCCUCACACAAAAAACUGGCUCCCCUUGAGAGUACGGUCAAAGAGAGGCUAUUUGUCAUCUUCAACCCCUCACCACUGCCAGUGGAUGUACUGGAGGAUGUGUUCUGCCGCUUUGGCUCACUGGUAGAGGUCUACCUAGUGCCGGGCCGGAAUGUCGGAUACAUCAAGUAUGCCGAUCGAAAGCAUGCAAACGACGCCAUGGCCACACUGCAUGGGAAAGUCGUGAAUGGUGUUAAACUGAAGGUCAUGCUCGCCGAUCCACCUAAAGAGGAGUCCCACAAGCGCCAGAGAACUUACUAAUGUUUGACAACAGCAAGAGUUUUAAGUGACAUUACGCUGACGCAUGACCUCGACAUGACUGGACGGAUUUUUACGAUGACGAGACCUUUGGACAGUGACUUCUGUACAGUGUGUUUGUUAUGCGAAUAAAUGCUACAAUUCUUUGUUCUUUUUCUAUUUCCUAAUAUACCUGUAUAAAUUCGGCCUUUAAAUGGUGGUACACGUCUAAAGACUCGAGACAAAGCUUGACAAAUUACAUGAACAAUGCUACAGACAUUUCAACUCAUACUUGUGUUUGAUGUAAACGUCUUGCCAGUAAUAAAGACUUCAAUUUA